GUGUGAAGGUGUGUGUAAGCAUUGGGUGACUGUUGCUUAGUCGCAUCCUCGCCUCCAACAACCCGACUUAUAAGCCAGACCAGGCAACGCUAGGUCCGUCUUAGCCUUGGCCUCUGCUCCAUCAUGGCUUCUCCAACACCGACUUCGACGUCUACGACAAGUCUGAGCUCGCAGACGACAGAGGAAAAGCGAGAACAUGGAUCAAAUCAAGAUGUAUCAGGAGCAUCUACACCACCGCCCACCUCAAAGUCCGAUCCUACAUUCGUUACCUGGACUUCAGUAACGGACCCUUCCAACCCCUUCAACUUCUCUCCGUCGAAGAAAUGGCGGACCACCCUCCUGGCCUGUACCAUGACAUUCGUCGUACAGGUCUCAGGAACAAUGCUCACAUCCGCCGCCGAGCAAAUCAACACCAGCUUCAACAUUAGCGAUGAAGCAUUUCCGCACUCAUACUGGCCGGUGUUGAGUUGGAACCUAGGAGGCGCCGCAGCACCACUACUAGGACUGCCCCUAAUGGAGAACUUUGGGGUGCGGUGGAGUUAUAUGGCCAUCUACGCGGUAUUGAUCAUCUUCAUCAUCCCGCAAGCGUUGGCCAAGAACUUUGCGACGUUGGUUGUGACGAGGAUCAUUACGGGAUCGUGCUCGGGUGUCCUUGCGAACAUCACGUCCGGGAUCGUAAGCGACAUCUGGAGGGAUGGGAGAGCCAAGAGUUUCGGGACAUCGCUUUACAUAUUUGCACUGCUUGCGGGUCUUAAUAUGGGGCCUGUGUUUGGAAGCUUGGUUGUACAUUAUACGACUUGGCGAUGGAUUUUCUUGAGUCAGAUCAUCUUCUACAGCGCUCUUAUACCGGUGCUAUUCUUCCUCCUGCCUGAGGUGCGACCCGAUGUCAUUCUCACUCAACGCGCACGUCGCAUUCGCGCAACGACCGGUAAAGGGGCGUAUGCCCAGGCCGAGAAGGAGCACACGAGUUUUGGCGAGAUUCUCAAAGAGACGCUCGUCCGACCGACGCGUAUGCUGUGCACUGAGGGUGUAGUUCUUUCCUUUGGACUGUGGAGCGCUUUUUGCAUCGGCACGGCGUUCAUGUUUACGCAAUCCAUCGUACAAGUCUUCUCAGAGUUGUACGGUUGGUCGUUCUUCGGCACGGGCCUCGUGCAAUGCGCUGUCGUAAUCGGGGAGCUGAUUGGCCUCAUCGCAUCCCUCGUUCAAGACCGCAUCUACUUCGCAUCUGCGAAACGCAAUAUCGAAACUCCAGGGAAGCCGAUCCCGGAAGCGCGACUCUAUCUCAGUAUCCCAGCUUCGUUCAUCGGUCUGAGUGGUGGGCUGUUCUAUUUCGCAUGGACAUCCUACUCUUCCAUACCGUGGAUUGUACCAAGUAUAUCGCUCGCUUUUGUUGGCUUUGGUAUGUUUUGCAGUACAGCGGGAGUAACGACGUAUGUUGUUGAUGCGUACGCAAAGUAUGCCGCCAGUGCUAUUGCAGGCAUUGCAUUCCUUGAGAACUUUAUGGCGGCUUUCUUGCCGCUCGCGACACAGAGUAUGUAUCGUACGCUGGGCUUUAAUUGGGCGAGUAGCUUGUUGGGCUUCAUCGCGUUGGCGCUGAGUUUCAUUCCGUUGAUCUUGUCGAAGUUUGGAAAGAGCAUACGUGGAAAGAGUCCGUUUAUGAGUGAAGCGAGGUACGAAGACUGAGUAUGCCCAGACUCUUCAUAGAAUUGAAAUGUAAAGACAAGGAAAUUGAAU